GCGGGGGGUUUGAACCAUCCAAUGGGGGAGCGGCGUGCGGCGUGCAGGAGGCGGAGCCGGAAGUCGCUCUGCGCGUCUUGGAGCUGCAGCUGUUCGUCUGCCAGCCCGUGCCAGUGCGGUGGGAGCGUUUGGCCUCGGCCGCCGACACCCCGGCGUCAAGGUCUCCAUGGCAGCGCCAGCAGCAGCCGCAGCCUGUGCAGCUACCGCGGCCUCAUCCAUAACUUCGAGGAGGUCCUGAGGCGGCGGCUCCGGGGCCGCUUGAGAUCUCCAUGGUUUUCCCCGUCUUUCAGGAGUGGAGUAAUUGUCACAACUCAAAAAAGCGCAUUACCAGGAUCUGAGACGCUCCUUCUAUCUCAAAAGCACAAGCAGAAAAUGAAAGGGGAUACCGUGAAUGUGCGCCGCAGUGUCCGAGUAAAAACCAAAGUCCCCUGGAUGCCCCCGGGAAAAACAUCUUGCAGAGAGUCAUCAUACAAGUGGGAGGGACCAACCCAUCGCCUGGAAAUAACUCCUCCCGAUUCAGAAAAGCUACUGUCAGUGCUCCGUUUGAGUGACCUUUCAACAGACGAGGAGGACGCCAUUCACUGCAAGAUGAACAAGUACGAGAAGAAGAUUGACAGCUUGCUGAAUGUGGUGGGCACCUUGAAAAAUGAGGUCAAAAUGCCAAAGCGGGAUGACACGCGGUGUGUGGCCAAGCGUUUCAUGGAAGAGCAGAAGGAAGAGCUGGAUGAGGUCACUCAGGAACUGGUGGAGACGGAACAUGAGAACACUGUUCUCCGGCGCAAUAUUGAACGUAUGAAGGAGGAGAAAGAUCUUAGCAUACUCCAGAAGCGACACUUGAUGCACGAGAAGGAGUGUUUGAUGUCCAAGCUAGUGGAGGCCGAGCUGGAUGGAGCAGCAGCAGCAAAACAGAUCCAGGCCUUGAAGGACACGAUUGGCAAACUAAAAUCUGAGAAGCAUAUGACGUCCUCGGACGUUAACACACUUACUAGGCAAAAGGAGCUGCUGUUGCAGAAACUGAGUACUUUCGAAGACACCAAUCGGACACUCCGAGACCUUCUUAGAGAGCAACACAAUCGAGAGAAAGACUCUCAAAAGUUGGCUGAACAGCAGACGACCCUAAUGAAGAGGCUGACAGACGCUGAUGCAGAGAAAGCGCUAUUAUUAAAAAAGCUACAAGAGAAAGAAAAGGAAGUUGAUGAUCUAAUGAUUCAGAUACAGACAGAAAAGGACCAAGCAAAGACAGCAUCUGAACUCUCCAAAUCCAUGGAAGCUGUGAGGGGACACCUGCAGGCACAGCUGCGCAAUAAAGAAGCUGAGAAUCACCGCCUGGAGAUCCAAAUCCGGAAUCUGGAGCGUGUUGCAGCUCAGCAUAAAGCGGAAGUGGAGAACAUCAUGGAACAGCUGAAGGAACUGAAGUUGAAGACCGAACGCGACAAGGACGCCCUGAAGAAAGCGAUAAAGGCACAGAAAGAGCGAGCGGAGCGCAGCGAGGAGUACGCCGAACAACUGAACGUCCAGCUAGCAGAAAAGGACACCUAUGUUGCUGAAGCGCUGUCCACCUUGGAAUCAUGGAGAAGCCGUUACAACCAAGUGGUAAAAGACAAAAGCGAUCUGGAGAUUGAGAUAGUGAUGCUGAACAGCCGCAUUUCAGACCUGCUGGAGCAGCAGACCAGUAUGGAGGACAAGAUGCGGGAAGACAGAGAUGCGAUGGUGGACAAACUGCACCGGCAGGUCACGGAGAGCACCUCCAUCAAACUGGAGAAUGAGAGGCUGAAGACUAGCAUGCUCCCGGUGGAGGACAGGCUGAAUAAAGCUCAGCAGGAGAUAGCACAGCUCAAAGCAUCCCUCAAGAACUACGAAGGGGUGAUUGAAACCUACAAGAAUCAGGUGUUGAAAACCCGAGUGGAAGCUGAUGAGGUGACUAUGAAACUGGAGCUUUGCGACAAGGAGAACAAAGCAUUGAAAGAAGAAAUGGCCAAGGAAAUUGAAAAUGCUCGUAAGCAGUUCCAGAGUCAGAUUGCCGAACUAGAAAAGCUUCCCGAGAUCCUGAAGCUCACAGAGUCAAAGCUGGCUGAGUGUCAAGAUCAGCUCAAGAGUUAUGAGAAGAAGAACAUGGACCUGUCAGCCAUGAUCACAGAUCUCCGUCAACGGAUUGAGCUUCAGGGAGACAAGAUGGAGAUGACGAGGGAGAAGUCUCAGUUGGCCCAGGACGAGAACAAGCAGCUGGUCCUCAAACUGGAAGAGUUAGAGAGGAAGCUUGAAGCGGCAAGUGGUCAGAACAUAGAAUUCCUCCAGGUCAUAGCAAAAAGGGAGGAAUCGAUCCAUCAGGCCCAGCUGCGACUAGAAGAGAAAACCCGGGAAUGUGGCUCGUUAGCACGUCAACUGGAGAUGGCCAUUGAUGAUGCCAAGAGGCAGGUGGAACAAACAAGAGACCGUGCAGUGGCAAGGGAAAGAACAGCGCAGUCCAAGAUACUAGAUUUGGAGACCCAGCUGAGCAGAACAAAAACAGAACUAAAUCAACUGCGGCGGAGCAAAGAUGAUGCACAGUGUCGGCAUGAAAGCCGCCUUCAGGAUCUGAAGGACCGUCUUGAACAGUCUGAGAGCACCAACCGCAGCAUGCAAAACUACGUUCAGUUCCUCAAGUCCUCUUAUGCCAAUGUCUUUGGAGACAGUGCCUUAUCGAGCUCCCCUAUUCGUCCUCGAUCUCCACUGUGAUCGGGCCUUUUCCCUUAACAUCCAAUACCCUCUUGCUACAGGCUCAAUUGGGUGGGCCCAUUUCAAAGCCAUAUUUGAUUCUGGAACAUGUGUACCUCAGGGUCCAUCAUAUUGGUGGAGUGGGAGUUGCAUCUCGCCCUUAGGUCAAUGAGAUGAGGGCAUCAGUGGCUACGUUGCAUCCUAAGCCAUGUUAAAACUGGCAAAUGUGGGUCACAGUUACUGCCCCCUUUGUCUUCUAGUGCCUUACAGAGGUUACACCUUUUUGUAAAUAAUUUGCAGUGUUUUAAUCUUAUUGUAUCUUUUAUUUUUAUUAAUGUUUUGUGAAUGCUUUUGUUACUAUUCCAUGAACUUCAAAGAUCAUGUUUAUAAGGUGCAGAACAAAUGUUUUUUAAAAAUUUGCCAUCUGAAUAAUUGUGAACUCAUUUUCUCAGCUAGGGGCACACCUUUGGCCAGACACAGGCAAUAUGAAUACCUUUCCCUUUCUUUCUCUUCCAUUGUUCCAGUUAUUCUAGGGGUAAUAGAUGUAUUGCAAUUUACAUGUGUGAUUUUAACCAUUGUACAUGUGAGAGAAGCAUCUGCAGAGUAACUGGCUUUUAGGAAAAGAUAUUUCACACUGACUGUUCUUUUGUAAAGGUUCUUGGGAUCCAUACUUACAGAUUUGCAUCUCUCUUGAUGACUUGUCAUUUUCAUGUGUGACUUUUGUGUUUGUCAAAUAUCACUUAAUCAUUUUGUUUUCAA